UCAUCCGCCUAUAAAUACACCUCUACCCCCUCAUUCUCAUUCUUGAUGCAACGCGUUUCGUUCUCGAUCUAGAGACCGAGCGAUCCUCUCUAUAUUUCAACUUUUCAUAACCCUAAUUUGUUCAAGAAUUUCACCGAUCUGAGUAUACUGCAACAAUCAUGGAUAUACGCUUCCCGUACUCUCCGGCCGAAGUUGCAAAAGUCCGAGUGGUUCAGUUCGGCAUCCUCAGUCCCGAUGAAAUCAGGCAAAUGUCAGUUGUGCAUAUAGAGCAUGGUGAAACGACUGAGCGGGGGAAACCAAAGGUAGCAGGACUUAGUGAUCCUAGGCUUGGGACUAUUGAUAGAAAGCUGAAAUGUGAGACGUGUACGGCUAAUAUGGCUGAGUGCCCUGGUCAUUUUGGGCAUCUUGAGCUUGCCAAACCUAUGUUUCAUAUUGGAUUUAUGAAGACUGUACUCAGUAUAAUGCGUUGCGUGUGCUUCAAUUGCUCAAAGAUCCUUGCGGACGAGGAGGAUCAUAAAUUCAAGCAGGCUCAAAAGAUAAGAAACCCAAAAAAUAGGCUUAAGAAGAUAUUAGACGCAUGCAAGAGCAAAACUAAAUGUGACGGUGGUGAUGAGAUUGAUUCCCAAAACCAGGACGGUGAUGAGCCAGUUAAAAAGAGUCGAGGGGGUUGUGGGGCUCAGCAGCCCAAGAUUACUAUUGAAGGUAUGAAAAUGGUUGCAGAAUACAAGCUUCAGAAGAAGAAAAAUGAUGACACUGAACAGCUUCCUGAGCCGGCUGAAAGAAAACAGCAACUUUCUGCAGAAAGAGUUCUAAGUGUAUUGAAGCGAAUAAGUGACGAAGACUGCAUGUUGCUGGGCUUGAACCCUAAAUACGCUCGUCCCGAUUGGAUGAUACUGCAGGUCCUUCCAAUACCACCACCUCCAGUAAGACCAUCUGUGAUGAUGGACACUUCAGCUCGGAGUGAGGACGAUUUAACUCAUCAGCUGGCUAUGAUAAUCAGACACAAUGAGAACCUAAGGAGGCAAGAGAGGAAUGGAGCUCCUGCUCACAUUAUCUCUGAAUUUGCCCAAUUACUGCAGUUUCAUGUUGCUACAUAUUUCGACAAUGAGCUUCCGGGUCAGCCAAGGGCUACACAGCGGUCAGGUCGUCCUAUUAAAUCAAUAUGCAGUAGGCUCAAGGCAAAGGAGGGUCGAAUCAGAGGCAACCUGAUGGGGAAGCGUGUUGAUUUUUCAGCACGUACGGUUAUCACUCCAGAUCCAACCAUCAACAUUGAUCAACUGGGGGUACCGUGGAGUAUUGCUCUUAAUCUUACAUAUCCUGAGACAGUCACUCCUUAUAACAUCGAAAGGUUGAAGGAGCUUGUUGAGUACGGUCCCCAUCCCCCUCCUGGUAAAACCGGAGCUAAGUAUAUUAUCAGGGAAGAUGGUCAAAGGCUUGAUCUUCGUUACUUGAAGAAAAGCAGUGAUCAUCAUCUGGAGUUUGGAUACAAGGUGGAGCGACACUUGAAUGAUGGAGAUUUUGUUCUUUUUAAUCGACAACCGAGUUUGCAUAAGAUGUCUAUAAUGGGGCAUAGGAUCAAGAUCAUGCCUUAUUCCACCUUCCGGUUGAAUUUAUCAGUCACGUCACCAUAUAAUGCUGAUUUCGAUGGAGAUGAAAUGAACAUGCACGUACCUCAGUCAUUUGAAACAAGAGCAGAGGUUCUGGAGUUGAUGAUGGUACCUAAAUGCAUUGUCUCGCCUCAAGCAAAUCGGCCAGUUAUGGGUAUUGUGCAGGAUACACUGUUAGGUUGCCGGAAAGUCACCAAGAGAGAUACAUUCAUUGAGAAGGAUGUUUUUAUGAACAUAUUGAUGUGGUGGGAAGAUUUUGAUGGGAAAGUACCAACACCUACCAUUUUGAAACCUAGACCCUUAUGGACAGGAAAACAGGUGUUCAAUCUCAUUAUUCCAAAGCAGAUUAACCUCAUUAGAACGUCGGCUUGGCAUUCGGAAACUGAAACUGGGCACUUAACACCCGGUGACACUCAAGUUCGAAUAGAGAAGGGAGAGGUUAUCACUGGUACUCUUUGUAAAAAAACUCUUGGAGCAUCCACAGGAAGUCUUAUACAUGUCAUCUGGGAGGAGGUUGGUCCAGAUGCUGCUCGUAAAUUUCUUGGGCAUACCCAAUGGCUUGUUAACUACUGGCUUUUGCAACAAGGGUUUAGUAUUGGUAUUGGAGACACAAUUGCUGACGCAUCCACCAUGGAAACGAUCAAUGAAACUAUUUCCAAAGCCAAGAAUGAAGUGAAAGAACUUAUUAGGGCUGCUCAAGAUAAACAGUUGGAAGCAGAGCCUGGUCGGACAAUGAUGGAGUCAUUCGAAAACAGAGUCAACCAGGUGCUGAACAAGGCUCGUGAUGACGCAGGAAGCAGUGCCCAGAAAAGUUUAUCUGAAAGCAACAAUCUAAAGGCUAUGGUCACAGCAGGUUCUAAAGGAAGUUUCAUCAAUAUAUCACAAAUGACUGCUUGUGUCGGACAGCAGAAUGUGGAGGGUAAGCGAAUUCCGUACGGAUUCAUAGAUCGAACGCUUCCUCAUUUCACAAAGGACGAUUACGGACCUGAAAGUCGUGGGUUUGUGGAGAACUCUUACCUACGAGGGUUGACACCACAGGAGUUCUUUUUUCAUGCCAUGGGUGGUAGAGAAGGGUUGAUCGAUACUGCCGUGAAAACAUCUGAAACUGGUUAUAUUCAGAGACGACUGGUAAAGGCUAUGGAAGAUAUCAUGGUGAAGUAUGAUGGUACAGUCAGAAACUCCCUUGGGGAUGUUAUCCAGUUUUUGUAUGGGGAAGACGGUAUGGAUGCAGUUUGGAUCGAGAGUCAGAAACUUGAUUCUUUAAAGAUCAAAAAGAAGGAGUUUGAUCGGCUUUAUAAAUACGAGAUCGAUGACCAGAACUGGAAUCCCAGUUACAUGUUGCCGGAGCAUGUUGAGGAUCUGAAAACUAUCCGUGAGUUCCGGAACGUGUUUGAUGCCGAAGUACAAAAACUCGAAGCUGAUCGAGUCCAGCUCGGAACUGAGAUUGCAACAACAGGUGACAACUCAUGGCCAAUGCCCGUGAAUCUUAAACGUCUUAUUUGGAAUGCACAGAAGACAUUUAAGGUGGAUUUGAGGCGGCCUUCAGAUAUGCACCCAAUGGAAAUCGUGGAGGCUGUUGAUAAGCUUCAAGAGAGGCUGCGGGUUGUUCCUGGUGAUGAUUUGUUGAGCAUCGAGGCUCAAAAGAAUGCAACUCUGUUCUUCAACAUUCUUCUUCGUAGCACAUUUGCUAGUAAGAGGGUGUUGAGCGAGUACAGGCUUACUCGUGAGGCGUUUGAGUGGGUUAUUGGUGAGAUAGAGUCGAGGUUUUUACAGUCUCUUGUUGCACCCGGAGAAAUGAUUGGAUGUGUUGCUGCACAGUCCAUUGGUGAGCCAGCCACACAAAUGACCCUAAACACUUUCCAUUAUGCUGGUGUGAGUGCCAAGAAUGUCACCCUCGGUGUUCCUCGUUUGAGAGAGAUUAUUAACGUUGCUAAAAAGAUCAAAACCCCUUCGUUGUCCGUGUAUUUGAAGCCUGAUGUCAGCAAGACAAAGGAUAGGGCCAAGAAUGUUCAGUGUGCUCUUGAGUACACGACACUACGCAGUGUGACUCAAGCUACUGAAGUAUGGUAUGACCCGGAUCCCAUGAGCACAAUUAUAGAAGAGGAUGUUGAUUUUGUGAAAUCGUACUAUGAAAUGCCGGAUGAAGAAAUCGACCCUGAUAAGAUAUCUCCUUGGCUGCUCCGUAUCGAGUUGAAUCGGGAGAUGAUGGUUGAUAAGAAGUUGAGCAUGGCAGAUAUUGCUGAGAAGAUUAAUCUCGAGUUUGAUGAUGAUUUAACCUGUAUAUUCAAUGAUGACAAUGCUGAGAAGUUGAUUCUGCGAAUACGCAUCAUGAAUGAUGAAGCUCCCAAAGGCGAGUUGCAAGACGAAUCUGCUGAAGAUGAUGUCUUCCUCAAGAAAAUCGAAAGUAAUAUGCUGACAGAAAUGGCCCUACGCGGUAUUCCUGACAUCAACAAGGUGUUCAUUAAAUCAGGAAAAGUUAACAAAUUCGACGAGAAUGAAGGAUUCAAGCCAGAAGUUGAAUGGAUGCUUGAUACCGAAGGUGUAAAUCUGUUGGCUGUUAUGUGUCAUGAGGAUGUUGAUGCCUUGAGAUCAACUAGUAAUCAUUUGAUUGAGGUGAUUGAAGUCCUUGGGAUUGAAGCUGUUAGGCGGUCUUUACUGGAUGAGCUUCGAGUGGUGAUCUCCUUUGACGGGUCGUAUGUAAAUUACAGGCAUUUGGCUAUAUUAUGUGAUACUAUGACAUAUCGUGGUCACCUUAUGGCUAUCACACGUCACGGCAUCAAUCGGAAUGAUACCGGGCCAAUGAUGAGGUGUUCAUUUGAAGAAACAGUCGACAUUCUCCUCGAUGCUGCUGUGUAUGCAGAAACUGAUUACCUUCGCGGAGUUACCGAGAAUAUAAUGUUGGGCCAGCUUGCUCCUAUAGGAACGGGAGAUUGUGCUCUGUUAUUAAACGAGCAGAUGCUACAACAAGCUAUUGAUGUUCAGCUCCCUAGCUAUAUGGACGGUCUCGACAUCGGAAUGACACCUGGCCGCUCCCCAAUCACUCCUUAUCACGAUGGAAUGAUGUCGCCGACUAAUUAUCUUCUGAGCCCGAAUCUAAGAUUGUCACCGUUUAACGAUGCACAGUUUUCACCUUAUGUUGGCGGGAUGGGCUUUUCUCCGGCUUCUUCACCUGGAUACAGUCCCUCUUCUCCAGGUUACAGCCCUUCGUCUCCUGGCUAUAGCCCUACAUCACCUGGCUAUAGCCCUACUUCACCCGGUUAUAGCCCUACAUCACCUGGUUAUAGUCCCACUUCACCAACGUAUAGUCCAAGUUCCCCUGGCUAUAGUCCAACCAGUCCUACGUACUCCCCGACUUCUCCCAGCUAUUCUCCCACCUCACCUAGCUACUCCCCCACAUCUCCCAGUUACUCACCCACGUCACCUAGUUAUAGCCCCACAUCACCUAGUUACAGCCCUACGUCUCCUGCCUACAGCCCGACAUCCCCAGCAUACAGCCCGACAUCCCCAGCGUACAGCCCGACCUCCCCAUCCUACAGCCCCACUUCACCAUCCUACAGCCCUACCUCCCCAUCAUACAGCCCCACCUCUCCAUCCUACAGCCCUACCUCUCCAUCCUACAGCCCCACCUCACCUGCUUACAGCCCGACUUCUCCUGGCUACAGUCCAACUUCGCCUAGCUACAGCCCAACUUCACCAAGCUACAGCCCAACCUCACCAAGUUACAAUCCGUCAUCUGCCAAGUACAGCCCCUCUCUUGCUUAUUCCCCUAGCAGUCCGAGGCUGUCACCUUCAAGUCCAUAUAGCCCGACGUCACCUAGCUACAGCCCAACAUCGCCAUCAUACUCUCCAACAUCUCCAUCUUACUCGCCGUCAAGCCCUACUUACAGUCCCAGCAGUCCUUAUAACUCUGGUGUGGGCCCUGACUACAGCCCAAGCUCACCACAAUACAGUCCAAGUGCUGGGUACUCGCCAAGUGCACCUGGGUAUUCGCCAUCAUCAACGAGUCAUGAUGGGUCGAGGUCGUAGGGUGAAGUUGUAACAGUCCAUUCAGUUUUUACAUGAUGGUGUACGCUAUGGUUUUGGGAGAACUCUAGACUUUUAACUUGUUUGGUAUAAAAGUAAGACCAGACUAUUGUUGUUUCUCUGUAUGAAAGAGUCGAAUUAUAUCAUGUUGGUUAAGACUUAUUAAAUCAAAUCAUAUAUGUUUUGUAAAAUAAUGGUUAGAGGACUCUAUUUGUCUUUAUAACAUAUUUUUUUUAACAAAA